AUGUUCUUGUACCUAAUUGGAAAGAGAGGAAGGGAGAUAUACCCGACUCUGCUCGUCCGAGUAGCAGAAGAGUUGCGCACUGUACAGCACAUGCACGACGCAGUUGCAAAGUACUGCAUCCCCACGUCAAACGAGACGGUGGAGAGAUACCGGUUCUUUACGAAGAAUCAGGACCAAACAGAGAGCAUUGAGGAAUAUUCAACGGCUUUAAGAGGGCUGGCGAAUACGUGCAAUUUCGGAGUGUUGGAAGACUCACUCGUAAGAGACAGAAUUGUGGGAAGAGUGAGGAUUCAAGGGACUCGUGAAAGCCUUCUGAAAGCUACGAAUGUGACUCUCGACACGUGUCUAAAGUUGUGUCAAGUGACUGAAUUCUCGCAAGAGGCAAUUAGAAAAUUUGCACACACCUCUAUUCAGUCUGUUCAUGCAGUAAAGCACAAAGAGGUGCGGGACAAGAGUUUCGGCGAGAGGCAGAAGAAAAGAUGCAAGUUCUGUAUACAAUAUUCUGUAUUAUUGUAA